ACACUGUUUCCCAGUCCAGGAUUUCCCCAAAUUGUGGCACCAGGAAUAGUUUAUCCAUUUAUUGCUUAGGUAAGACGAGUAAUUCUAGCAAACGCCAUUGUCAUUUUCCUUCAGAGAUAUCGGUACAUAAAUCCUCUAUACAAGCAAAAUUCUCUAACUAGUAGCAGCCCAGCAGCCCCAAUUGAACCAAAAUGGCUCCUGGUUCUGUCCUCGUCCUUCUCUUCCUUGCAAUUCUCAGCCCAUUUCCAAACGUUUCUGCUGUUGGUGUGAACUACGGCACUCUUGGAAACAACUUGCCAUCACCAAAAAAAGUAGCUCAGCUUCUUCAAUCCACACUCAUUGACAAGGUGAAGAUCUAUGACACAAACCCUGAAAUCCUCGGGGCAUUUUCCAACACCGGAAUUGACCUCAUCGUAGCAGUCGAAAACUACCACGUGGCAAACAUCAGCACUGACACAUCAGCUGCCGAUGAAUGGCUCACCAAUCGCGUGAUUCCCUUUAUUCCAGCCACUUCCAUUGUUGCCAUUGCUGUUGGUAAUGAGUAUUUAACAACAGAUCCUGAUCACUUGAAGCCAAAUGCACUUAUCCAGGCCAUGCAAAACUUGCAUGCUGUUUUAGUACAACGCGGACUUGACCGAAAAAUUAAGGUCACAACUCCACAUAGCAUGGCAGUUCUUGCUUCCUCAUUCCCUCCUUCAGCUUCAACUUUUGCCACUACACUCAUGCCUGUUAUGACCUCAAUUGUAGGGUUUCUGGCUGACACGGGUGCCCCUUUUAUGGUCAAUGCUUACCCUUAUUUUGCUUACAGGGACAAUCCUGGUAUGGUUGACCUAGAGUAUGCCUUACUAGGGAAUGCAAGCGGGGUUCGUGACCCUAAAGGAUAUGUGUACAGCAAUAUGUUAGAUGCCCAAGUUGACGCUGUUAGGUCAGCUAUUAUUGCAUUAGGGUUUGGUAAUCGGACAGUUGAGAUGACCAUAUCAGAAUCCGGGUGGCCAUCAAAGGGUGAAUCAAGCGAUGACGCUGCCACACCAGAAAACGCAAAGACUUACAAUACCAGGUUGAUUGAACGUGCACAGUCUAAUAAAGGGACACCAAUGAAUCCUAAAAAGAACAUAGAGAUAUUUGUGUUUGCUUUGUUUAAUGAGAAUAAAAAAGAGGGUGGUGUUAGUGAGAGGAAUUUUGGGAUGUUUAAUGGGGAUGGAUCUAAGGUGUAUGAAGUGGAUUUGAGCUGCCAGUUUUGUAGUAGCAAUGGAGGGACAUUAGGGUUUGGGGAGAAGAUGUCAAGUGGAGUAAGAGGUCCUUCAGUUUGGUGUGUGGCUAAACCUCAUGCUGAUGAGAAGGUGCUUCAAGCUGUGCUGGACUUUUGCUGCGGACCAGGUGGUGUGGAUUGCAGAGAGAUUUAUGAAAGUGGUGAUUGUUUUGCACCAGAUAAGCUUCAUGCACAUGCGUCCUAUGCCAUGAAUGUUUAUUAUCAAAUCCACGGGAGAAACUACUGGAAUUGUGACUUCAAGGGCACUGGACUUGUUACUUUCAGCGAUCCAAGUUAUGGUACAUGCAAAUACUCCCAACAAUGACCGAUGAGCGAGAAAUGGCAGGAGCCUUCAAAAGGUUUUUGGCAGCUCUUCCUGUGAUUAUUAAUGCAUGUAAAAGUAACGUGAGAGACACCUUGCCUCGGUUACUGCAAAGACUUUAAUUAUAGAAUUAAUUCGUUGGUCCCUGGUGGUUUAAUCGAUGGGUUUGUUUGAAUAUUUUGGUGGUUUGUCUGAUAAAAUUAAAGUGUCUUUUCUCUGAAGAGAACAGAGUGAGCGGCAGCAAGCACAUGGUGGCAGGCAGGGUCUGAUGUCUCCAUGUUCUAUGGCUUUUCAUCCUGCUUCGGCCUUUGUGGUCAAAAAAACUGGAAAAGCUCUCUCUCUUUCUUCGGGAAAGAAUCUUUCCUGGUUUCCUCCUUUCGAAAAUUGGGCCCUUCGAGGGCUCUCUUCUCUUGUCUGAACGUGUGCUUUCUUCCAUCGAAA